AUGGCCGCAAUAAAAGAGAAAUCGCCUGAACUCGCAGCAAAAGUUGAACAACACUAUCAAAUGUUGAUGGAUAAGAUAAAAAAGCUCCCACCUCCAGCUGAAACCUUCAUCAUGGAGCUUUGGCAAACUGUCCGUAAAACAUACACAGAGGCCAUCUCCGGUCACAAACCUACUCCGGAUCAAUUGAAGGCAAAAGGCGAGCAAAUUAUCAGUAAGUACGAUGCGCUACCUGAAUCGGCUAAAGGCGAUCUCGAGAAGAACUUUCCCUACAUUACCAAAAUGUUGAAAGACAAGGACCUACCUGCGAAGCUCGCCGCCCUUCCCCUGAACUAG